AUGGCCAGCUUUGGGCUAGGCCUCCUGGCGCUGCUGCUGACCACCCACCCUGAACCCUCGAAGGCUCAGCACUGGUCCCACAGCUGGCACCCUGAAGGAAAGCAAGCCUCCAGCUCACUCCAUGACCCCCAACAUACUCCUGGGCCCCCAGCUCACAGCCCAGGCCAAAUUGUCCCCAGACUCCCAAGUGAUGUUCUGGCUCCCCCUAAGGACAGUGUGCCCUGGGAGAAUAGGACCAUGGCCCGGUGGCUCCUCCGCAGGAAGCAGCACCUGGUGCAGACACUGCUGGUGGGCAACGCCCGUAAGCCCAAUGAGCUAGAGAACCCGCAGGCUGGGUCUUCUAGGAGGCUAGGGGGCGUCCGCAGGACGUGGAAGCCGCAACACCGGCCGUCGGCCAAUCCUGCGCAGCGAGGCCAAGCCGGGAGGCGAGGGAAGAGGAGGGGAGGAGAGGAGGGGGCGGGUAAGGCCGCAGCUCGGCGGUCAGGUGACCAGAGCGUCCGGGGGAAUGAUCGCCCCCUCCUCCCGCAGAGCCGACCGCGAGCGCCGCGCCCCGCUGCCCUCCAGUAA